UGCUGAUGAUGCAAAAGAAACAUCGUAGAAAGAUUCGUUGUUCGACGCCUCAGAGUCUCAAAGUCGUCGUCUCUUCCAUUUUACUUCCAAAAGAGAGAUCUCUUUUCCAAAGAGCUGCAUCGUCGUCGCCAUCCUUUUAAUGGCUUUUUCUUCUUCUUCCUCCAAGCGCCAAUUCGACGUGUUUUUGAGCUUCAGAGGCGCAGACACGCGUAAUAACUUCACCGAUCACCUCCGUCAGUGCCUACGCAGGAAAAGUAUCGAUGCUUUCUUUGAUGAGAAACUCCGGCGAGGCCAAGAUAUCUCGGUUCUCUUUGAAAGGAUCGAGCAAUCGAAGAUGUCCAUCGUUGUCUUCUCGGAGAACUACGCCAACUCCUCCUGGUGCUUGGAUGAGCUCUGGAAGAUUCUGCAGUGCAGGGAGAAAUCCGGUCAUGAGGUUAUACCCAUCUUCUACAAAGUCAAGAAAUCUGAUGUGGAGAAUCAGAAAGGGAGUUUUGGAGCUCCCUUUCAGAGCCCUAUGGAGAUCUUCAAGGAAGAUGAGCAGGAGAAGAUCGGGACAUGGAGGGAAUCUCUGAGAACUGCUUCCAAUAUCCUUGGAUUUGUAUAUCAUGAGGACAUAUCGGAGACUAAGUUUCUCGAUGAUAUUGCAAAGGAAACUCUCAAGAUGCUAAAAAAGUUGUCUCCAUGUGAUUUCAAAGGUUUUCCUGGGAUUGAACUGCGUUCAAAGGAACUGGAGGACUUAUUGAUGUUCAAUAAUGAUGAAUGUGUCCGUACCAUCGGAGUUCUUGGGAUGACUGGAAUCGGCAAGACACUGGUUACUGAAAUUGUAUAUAAGCGAAACAGCGGACAAUUUGAUGGUUACCAUUUCGUUGACGACGUUGACGAGGAGUUAAAAUGGCAUCAGUUACCUCGUUUGAAGGAAAAACUCGUCCGCAAAUUAUCGGAUGACGAAAAUUUGGAUGUCAGAGCGCUUGGAACAAGAGAAAGAUAUCUUCCGAACAAGAAGUUGUUUAUUGUAGUAGAUAAUGUGACCGAUGGAGACCAAAUAGAAGCUCUCAUCGGAGCGAAAGAAUUGUACCGGAAAGGAACUAGGAUUGUUAUAAUAACCAGAGACAAGAAGCUGUUGGAGAACCAAGCUGAUGCAACAUAUGUAGUCCCGAGAUUAAAUGACAGGGAAGCUAUGGAGCUUUUCUGCCUCAAGGCAUUCCCUGGCAACCUCUACCCCCCGGAAGAAUUUAUGGAUCUAUCAAACAAAUUUGUAGACUAUUCUAAAGGGCAUCCAUCAGCAUUGAAGUUGUUAGGUUCAGGUCUACUUAAGAAGGAUAAACUAUACUGGACCAAGACAUGGGAGAGAUUAAUAGAUAGGCCAGACAAGGAGAUUCAGAGAGUACUAGAGAAGAGUUUAAACAAACUAGGCCGGGUACAGAAGAACAUAUUUCUGGACAUAGCAUGUUUCUUCAGAUCAGAAAGAAAAGAUUUCGUUUCGAGCAUCCUGAAAGAGUACCACGAGGAUGCUGCUACUGUGAUUGAAGUACUUGAGAAUAAAUGCUUGGUAACUAUCUCUUACGAUAGGAUUGAGAUGCAUGAUCUACUGCAUAUAAUGGGGAAGUAUAUUGAAUCCAUCACAAAGGUGCAUAAACGUAGUCGGUUUUGGAACCACAAAGAAAUUUGUCAAAUCCUGGAGCGGAACAAGGGCACUGAUUCUGUUAGAGGCAUCUUCUUGAACAUGUCUGGUGUCGAAAGGAUCAAGCUUAGUGCUGAUGCUUUCAUGAGGAUGUCAAAUCUCAGAUUCCUUAAAUUCCACAGUUCUCAGUGGUGUGACAAUGACCUUAAAUUUCAGUUCUGCAAAGGGAUUGAUCACUUUCCAGAUAAGAUUGUAUACCUUCACUGGCAGGGGUAUCCUUACGAUUACCUGCCAUCAGAAUUCAAUGCAGAGGAACUUGUCGACCUUAAUCUACGUCAUAGCCACAUCAAAAAACUGUGGAAAGAGGAAAAGAAUACAGAAAACUUAAGAUGGGUCGACCUCAGUCAGUCAAAAGGCUUGCUGAAUUUAUCAGGUUUAUCCGAAGCCAAAAAUCUUGAAAGACUGGAUCUCGAAGGCUGUACGAGUUUGGCUGCGUUGGGCCCAGAGAUCGAACAGAUGAACAAACUUAUUUACCUGAACCUCCGAGAGUGCACAAGCCUUAAGAGUCUCCCAGAGGGAAUCAACUUAGAAUCUCUGAAAACUCUGAUUCUCAGUGGCUGCUCAAACCUUCAGGACUUUCAUAUUAUAUCAGAAAAAAUUGAAUUCCUUUAUUUGGAAGGCUCAGCAAUCGAACGAGUUGUUGAAAGCAUCGAGAGUCUUCGCAACCUUAUUUUACUGAAUCUCAAGAAUUGUCGCAACUUGAGGAAUCUUCCCAACGAUCUUUGCAAGCUGAAAUCUCUUCAAAAACUGAUCCUUUCUGGCUGUUCAGCGCUGGAGAGCUUUCCACCCAUCGAGGAGGAGAUGAAAUGCUUGGAGAUUUUGCUUAUGGACAGAACGUCCAUCAAACAGAUACCUGAUACCAUUUGUUUGAGUAACCUCAAGAUUUCGUGAAUCUAGUAUCCAAAAUUCCACAGGGUGACCGGUUCGUUGCCAUUUGAAGAUGAUAAAUCAAGUCGUCACGGGUACUGCAACUUUAUUCCACUUCCAAGAUACAAAACAGAGCGUGGCUUUGUUUCUCUGUUUCUCCCUUUGCAUGUGAUGUAUGUUCAGCUGCUUGAGUUUAGUAGAAGUGGAACUACUGGUCCGAUUUCACGAAGGUCCGAUCUCAAUUUUCAGAUUUUUCGGAAUGAAAAUGCUCUGUAACAUGUAACGUUAUGUCGGAUAUAUUCUCACUUUCUGUUUAAAAGAUAGAUAGUUUCUGUUUGGUAAUGGAUUUUUCAGAAAGAUGGCUUGUCCAUCGAUUCUGUCGUCUGCAGAGACAGGAACAGGAGCUACUA